AUGGCCCCAUCCAUCGACGCCACCCACGCCGUCGAGGCAUUGCCUCACGGCGGUCUCCCCUCGUCGGAAGAGCUGAUCCAGCACAUCCCGCUCCACCACCGCAAGUUUCUCGAAGAUCCAGAGGCCCUCGCCGCUUGGCACGAACCCUACGUGCCCGGCUCGCCCGAGGAAAAGGCCCUCGUCCGCAAGAUCAGCGUCCGCCUCAUCCCCAUGAUCUGGCUCUGCUACGUUCUCAACUACAUGGACCGCACCAACAUCGGCCUAGCCAAAGUCGGCGGCAUGAGCGACGAUCUCAACCUCGAUAGCAACCGUUACAGCGUUGCACUGCUCAUAUUCUUUGUGGGCUACCUUCUCUUCGAGGUGCCCUCCAACAUGAUCUUGACAAAGUCGCGGCCGUCGAUUUUCCUGGCCGCGAUCAUGUUCACUUGGGGCUGCAUCACCAUCGCCUUCAAGGGGAUCAACUCGUACGGCGCUCUCGUCGCCCUCCGGUUCAUCCUCGGCAUCAUCGAGAGCGGCUUCUUCCCCGGCUGCCUCGUCCUCUUCUCGUCGCUCUACAAGAAAAACGAACUGUCCAAAGUUUUUGGCAUUUUCUACUCGGCCUCGAUCGUCUCGGGCGCCUUUGGCGGUCUCCUCGCCGCCGCCAUCAUCGACGGCAUGGACGGACUCGCCGGCGUCGCUGGGUGGCGCUGGCUUUUCGUUAUGGAGGGCCUUGCAACGGCCGUCGUUGCCAUGAUCGCCGUCUUUGUGCUGCCCGACUACCCGGCCACGACGCGAUGGCUCACACCCCGCGAAAAGGCCCUAGCCGUCAAGCGCCUCGUCAUCCAGAACGCCUCGACGUACACGGGCGAGGAGGUCGGUCACCGCCAGGGAUUCAUGCUCGCAGUCAAGGACUGGAAGACCUGGGCCUUUACCGUCGGCUACAUGGCCAUCAGCGGUGCCGGCACCAUCUCUUACUUCAUCCCCACGAUCGUCACCCAGCUGGGCUACAAGGGCACCGACGCCAAGCUCUUCUCGGUCCCGCCGUACGCCGUCGCGCUCGUCUUUUCGCUGACCGUCAACUUUUCGGCCGACCACUUCAGGGAGAAGCCGUUCCACGCCGCCGUCCCGGUCUCGCUGGCCGGCAUCUUCUGCGUGGUGCAGGCGACCUACGUACCCCGGCACGCUUCGUACGCGCUCCUCUGCUUUGUCGCGGCGGGCAUCUGGUCGGCGCUGCCGUGCUACCUUUCGUACGUUACCUCGGUCAUGGUCGAGCCCAUCGCCAAGCGCGCCGUCGCCAUCGCCAUUGUCAAUUCGCUCGGCAACUUUGCCAGCGUAUAUGGAUCCUUCCUCUGGCCCUCGAACACGGCGCCCGAGUACGUCCAGGGCUGGUCGGUCACGGCUGCCUUUUGCUUCCUCGCCGCCAUCGUACCCCUCGCUGUCCGGUACAUUGUCGGGCCACUCAAGGACACCGAUGCCGAAGUCGCAAAGCACGCUACCACCACGCACCACGACCACGACCACAGCCGCAGCACCGCUGCCGCAGAGACGGCUUCUUACGACGACGACAAGAAGGUCGCCGCCGACGGCGCGACGCAGUACAAGACCGCCGACGCCUAA